AUGCUUCAUGCCCGAGCAUCAGUAGACUGCUGGAGCUCCUGAAGCUGCUUUAACUGAACAUCUUCACCUUUAAUCAGAGCUGUUAUCACCUGAUAUCAAAACUACACGUCUCCAACAUGUCUGCUCCAAAGAAGGGAGAUUUAUCUGCCAGUGAAAAGGAACUGUUUGAGGUUAUAACUGCAGGAAAUGUGCAGGAAGCUUCAAGGCUGCUGGGAUGUAAGGAUGUCAGAGUCAACUGUCUGGAUGAGUACGGGAUGACCCCUCUCAUGCACGCCGCUUACAAAGGAAAAGCAGACAUGUGCAAGCUGCUGCUGCAACACGGAGCGGAUGUGAACUGCAAUCAGCACGAGCACGGAUACACAGCGCUGAUGUUUGCCGGCCUGUCAGGUAAGACUGAUAUCACGUGGAUGAUGUUGGAUGCGGGGGCAGAAACAGACGUGGUCAACUCUGUUGGCAGGACAGCAGCACAGAUGGCCGCCUUUGUUGGGCAGCACGACUGCGUCACUGUCAUCAACAACUUCUUCUCCCGGGCCAGAUUAGAUUACUACACCAAGUCUCAGGGUCUGGAGAAGGAACCGAAGCUGCCACCAAAACUUGCAGGGCCGCUCCAUAAGGUCAUCAUGAGCACAAACCUGAACCCGGUCAAGAUGGUGAUGCUGGUGAAGGAGAACCCUCUGCUGGCCGAGCCCGAGGCUCUGGAGAAAUGCCGCCGGGUGAUGGAGCUCAUCUGUGAGAAGUGCAUCAAGCAGCAGGACAUGAAUGAGGUGCUGGCCAUGAAGAUGCAUUACAUCAGCUGCGUGCUGGGAAAGUGUGCCUCCUUCCUCAAAGACCGGGAGGACAAACUGGACGGCCUCAUCAAGAGUCUGCUGAAGGGACGGGAGGACGACGGCUUCCCCGUGUACCAAGAGAAGUUCCUCAGAGAGUGCAUCCGCAAGUUUCCUUACUGUGACGCCACUCUGCUGCAGCAGCUGGUGCGGAGUAUCGCUCCUGUAGAGAUCGGGAAUGACCCGACAGCUCUGUCAGUGCUGACUCAGGCCAUCACAGGUCAGGUCGGCUUUAUGGACGCAGAGUUUUGUACAUCCUGUGGAGAGAAGGGGGCGGAGAAGAGGUGCUCCAUCUGUAAAAUGGUGAUCUACUGUGGCCAAGCGUGCCAAAAGAUGCACUGGUUCACCCACAAGAAAGUCUGCAAGACGCUCCAGGACCAGAGAGAGAAGCAGGAGGAGGAAACAGACAGACUGAGGAUGCAGCAGCGCGCAGAGGAGAGCCAAGCAGUACAGGAGGUCUCAGACUCCAUGGUGGAGCUCUCAGUGGACUCCAACAGCGAGGUCUCGCCCUUAGACUCUGCAGCAGAAACCCCGAACCCUCCUCCCAUCCCAGCUGCUGACAACUGAGGAUCAUCACAACCUCCCACUCUGAAGAAAAAACAUCCACACACCAUGAAGAAGGAGCAAGAAACUGGCAGUGAGAAUGAAAGCCAGAAAAGGACUGGUCCAUGAGGAGACAAGAACUUUAUGAUAUAUUUAUUAUUGACUUGAGACCGUCCCACAGGCAGGGAGACGCUGAAGGUUUGUGCCACGGUGAUCAUCUUCUUCUCUUUUUUAUAUUUUGAUUUUUUCAGAUGUUGUCAUUCAAGAAUGUAAAAAUAGGCUGAUGUGUUUGUGGUAGAGGUCACUGUGAGGAAUUGUGGGUAAUAUAUGAAGAGCUAAAGGUUCACAGCAUAGACUGUAUAAAAAGAUGGACGACACGAUGCAGCGAGAGGCAAUGAAAUGAAGACUAACACGAGAGUCAUUGAACUUUCCAUGUCACUAUCAUAACAAGUCAGAAUCCAUCAUGGUGGCUGUUUUGUCUUCACUUUUGUACAACUAGAGGAGGUGUAGGUGUGUCGUCCAUCGUUAUAUACAGUCAUUGGUUCUCAUCAAUGAUGAAACGUAACUCUGCCUUAAGAAACUGUAGCAACCUGUGAGGGAAAGAUGUGACUGUGUAGCCACCAGACGUGUUGUGUGUUUGCUAAAAUACCUGAUUUAUAACAGAGACACUUGUUUGGUACUGAAAACCUGGUGGCAGGCUGUGGGUGGAUAGCUUGGCUGCACAACAAUGACCAAAAAAUGUAUAUUUUUUAAAAUAUAUAUACAACUUAAACUGAAUUUAUUUUGGUGUAUUGUGAAACAUGAUAUUUAUUCUCAGGACUCUCCAAACUGUAAGGAAACCAUGUGUCAAUCAAGUGUUGUUGUGGUCUGUAAAGAGCAUCAUGUCCAGAAUAAAAGGACCCUUUGCUUUGAACACUA